AUGGGUGGGUGUUUUCCUUGUUUUGGAUCAUCCAACAAGGAGGACACUAAAGCUGUGAAAGAAGUUUCCAAGAAAGAGGGGUUUAAAGAAGCUUCUCUUCCUCAAUCUCAUCACCCCACUAGGGUUAGCUCAGAUAAAUCAAAGUCACGAAGUGUAUCGGAUUCUAAGAAGGAAACGCCAGCUCCAAAGGAUGGGCCAACGGCACAUAUUGCUGCACAAACAUUUACAUUUCGAGAGCUUGCAGCUGCUACAAAGAAUUUUAGGCCAGAGUGUUUAUUAGGUGAAGGAGGUUUUGGACGUGUUUACAAAGGUCGCCUUGAGAGCACGGGACAGGUGGUUGCUGUAAAACAGCUUGACCGAAAUGGACUUCAAGGAAAUCGAGAGUUUUUGGUGGAAGUUCUCAUGCUCAGCCUCUUACAUCACCCAAACCUUGUGAACUUAAUUGGUUAUUGCGCCGAUGGUGAUCAGCGGCUUCUUGUUUAUGAGUUUAUGCCAUUGGGAUCUUUGGAGGAUCAUUUACAUGAUCUUCCUCCUGACAAGGAGCCUCUAGACUGGAACACAAGGAUGAAAAUAGCGGCUGGUGCAGCAAAGGGGUUGGAAUAUUUGCAUGACAAAGCAAACCCCCCUGUGAUAUACAGAGACUUAAAAUCAUCCAACAUCCUCCUAGACGAUGAUUUUCAUCCUAAGUUAUCAGAUUUCGGCCUGGCAAAACUCGGUCCAGUUGGCGACAACACUCAUGUAUCUACAAGAGUAAUGGGAACAUAUGGCUAUUGUGCCCCAGAAUAUGCUAUGACAGGUCAACUAACUCUCAAAUCAGACGUCUACAGUUUUGGAGUUGUCUUCCUUGAACUCAUUACCGGGCGCAAGGCUAUUGAUAAUACGCGUGGGCAUGGUGAGCAUAAUCUCGUGGCAUGGGCACGACCUCUUUUUAAAGACCGCAGGAAGUUUCCGAAAAUGGCUGAUCCACUACUUCAAGGCCGAUAUCCAAUGCGGGGACUGUACCAGGCACUUGCAGUUGCAGCAAUGUGUUUGCAGGAACAAGCUGCCACAAGACCUCUGAUAGGAGAUGUUGUGACUGCUCUCACAUAUCUAGCCUCCCAGUCAUUCGACCCGAAUGCAGCAGGCACUCAGUCAAACAGGCUCGGUUCAUCAACUCCUAGAAUGAGGACAGACAGUAUGGAUAGUCCCGACCGCAGACAGCUUGGUUCUCCAUCCACCCACAGAAACUCACCCGACUUCAGGAAGAGAGACAGUAGGGAUCCAAGUGAGUUAAGCAGGGUUGACACCGGUGGCAGCGGGUCAGGGAGAAAAUGGGGAGGAAUAGAUGAUCUGGAAAGGCAUGAUUCUCAGAGAGAAAGCCCUGUAAAUACCGGAAGAGCUAGAGAGACUCCAAGAAACCGUGACCUGGACAGAGAACGUGCAGUUGCGGAAGCAAGAGUAUGGGGUGAGAAUUGGAGAGAGAAGAAAAGAGCAAAUGCAAUGGGAAGCUUUGAUGGUACAAAUGAAUGA